CGUUUUGGCAGAGUUGGCUACUCUGCGAUAUACAUUUCAACAGUGUGAUGCAAUGUUAGUAGUCAUUGAAAGGCGAUAAUCUGUUGUGUGGUUCGGAAUAAGUGUCAGGUAAAUUUCUAGCUGUUUAUACAGUUUGCAACGUGGUGAUUAUCAACUUUUGUUAGACUAUUCAGAAGAAUAACACAAUGUCCGAUUGGGAAACUGUUACCGUUCUACGAAAGAGACCUCCAAAGGCCUCAGCAUUGAAAUCCGAACAGGCUGUAAAUGCUGCCCGCCGUCAAGGGGUCGCCGUGGAUACGCAAGUAAAGUGGGGUGCAGCUACUAAUAAGCAACAUGGCACAACAAAAAACACUGCAAAACUAGACAGAGAGACUGAAGAACUGAAGCAUGAAAAAGUACCAUUGGAUUUAGGAAAACUCAUACAGCAAGGCCGCCAGUCCAAGAAUUGGAGCCAGAAGGAUCUUGCUACAAAAGUUAAUGAGAAGCCGCAAGUUAUCAAUGAUUAUGAAGCUGGCCGUGGUAUUCCCAACCAGAUAGUACUCGGAAAAAUAGAAAGAGCCAUUGGAAUAAAACUCCGAGGAAAGGACAAGGGCCAACCGUUACUGCCCCCUGGGACGAAAAAGUAGUUUCGUCCUUGGGGGCACAACUGUACUGCAUGUGUGUGUAUCGAUUGACAAGUUUGUCCUGCUGGUGGGAAUCUAUUUCUAGAAUAUUCCUGACAGCUUUGUGUCUUCAGUUUUAAGAGGAAGGGAUGGGGAAAGAUUGCAAUUUCACAACGUACUUUAGUAUGUUCAGAUAGUUGGUUUCUUCCAAAUUUUGUUUUCAGCACAUGUAACAGAAAAAAAAAUUAAACUACUUAUUUCACUGUCUAUAAUAUAUUGAUCAAGUUGUUUCUUAGAUAACAAUUUAAGGGAAUUGUUUUAUUUUUUACUGCAAGUAAUCUCAUUACAUGCAUAAUCACAAUUGCUCUGUAUUUAAGAAAACCAUAAUAUGUUGAAAUAGUCAUGAUGCCUUGUACAGGAAAGACAUGGCUGUAAGGUUGGGGGUAAUGUUUAGGAAGAUAUCCUUUAUAUUGCAGUGAUUCAAAGAUCAAUGUAUAAAUUGGUGCAUUUAAGACUUACUCAGAAGUAUGUUUUGAAAUUUGGUGAACUAUGUCUUAUGUAGGAACAUAUCUGAUAUAUUGUAAGAUAAUUUCUUAUUAUCUAAUGUACUAAUAUGGCAUGUGGUUGUUUUAGUAUUUGUUUUUAUUAUUCAUUGUGUAUUGUUGAUGGUUUGAAUACCAAUUUCCCUUCUUCAGCACACAUACACAAUGAAGAAGAAUUAAGUUUAGAGUAACAGGCUUCUUUCUGACACGACAUUCCUGAAAAACUUCUUUCAAAAGUUACUCUCAAGUGCAAGAUUAUAUCUUUCUGUAAUUCAAAUACAGCUGGUUCCCAGGAAUGUUUAUAAAAUCUGGCCUGUCACCCAUAUUUCAUGGGAGUUUGUUUAAUUUUGGAGACAUAGAUAAAUGAGUUAGCUAAAUGUUUUUUGCAGUUAAUGUUUUAUCUUGUUAGAGUUUCUCAAGUAUUUGUAUACAGAGCUUUUGUUUAAACAAAUAUUAAUGGUAGUUAAAAUAGAAACAGACUGAUGCUGUAGGGUGGAAAACACAGUGUUGUAUCAUGCUUUUGAUGUCCAUUAUUUGAUAACUGUUUAAUUUGAAAGUUUUCUUUAAGUUUGUAUUUUUAACACAUGUUAUAAAGUGACUGGACUGCUAUUACAA